AUGUAAUAAUAAUAAACAUAAGUUGGACAAGGACCAUUAUGGUAAGCUGUGCCUUAGGAUUUUGUAUUCCCUAAACCUAAAUUUGAAGCCACAGUCACAAAAUUGGGAAAGAAAUAACACGAAAGACAUUUAGUAAUUACUGAUAAACAUAUAUUAUUAUUCAAAGACAAAAGUAAGCAUGUUCAUAAAUUACUCCCUUUGGAUUUUACUACCAGAUUUGAAAUAUUUAGAGAUGCACCUGUUUUGAAAGCCAAUGCAUCUUAAAAAAAAUCAACUCCUAACACUCCUGCAUCUACUAGAGCUGAUAUAGUCAAGCCUGAGGAUGUACAAACACUAGGUGACAUUUUGCAUAUAAGAUUGUAAAGUGAGAAUACAGAAAAAUUUUGGGAUUUCACUGGUGAUUAAGAGAUUUUAAAAACAUUUCGAAAAUAUUUCGGAUAGAAAAUCAAUCAGAUGGGAUUUCAUCACAUGUUCAAAGUUUUCAAAAAGAUUGGAAAGGGAAAUUUUGCAAGUGUUUAUUUGGCAGAACGAAUUGAAGACGGAUAAUAAAUGGCUAUCAAAGCAUUUUCAAAAAGUGCAGUUUAUGCAGAAGAGAAUGGAAAGGAGGGUUUAAUUAAUGAAAUAACAAUAAUGAGAGAGCUCGAUCACCCUAAUAUUAUGAAAUUAUACGAGGUUUAUGAAACUCAGAAUUCUUUAUAUAUGGGAUUAGAAUUAUUAUAAGGAGGAUAAUUAUAUGAGAUAAUGAAAAAGAAAGUAAUCUUAACAAACAAAUAAAUUCAAUCUAUUAUGAGAGGACUUUUGGAAGGAUUGGCACACAUGCAUUCUAAGAACAUUAUGCAUAGAGAUUUAAAAUUAGAAAACAUUUUAUUCAAAGAAUAGAACGAUAUCAAUUCAGUUGUGAUAGCCGAUUUCGGGUUAGCUACUUUUGUAAAUCUGCCAGUAUAUCUUUAUUGCAGAUGUGGUACUCCUGGAUUUGUGGCUCCAGAAGUUAUCAAUAUUACUGAUAUGUCAACAACUUAUGAUAGUGUUUGUGAUAUUUAUUCUCUUGGACUAGUCUUCCACAUAUUAUUAACAGGAAAGCCAGGGUUUCCUGGAAGAAGUUAUAACACAAUAGUCUAAUAAAACAAGGAAGCUAAAAUCAAUUUUAAAAGUCCUGUGUUUGAUGUUGUACCACCACCAGCUUUUGAAUUGCUAAAACAUAUGUUGGAGCCUUCGCCUAAGAAAAGAAUAACAGCUACCGACGCUUUGAAAUAUGAAUUUGUUGCAUUAUGCGAGAAAACUAUCAAUGCCGCAUAGGAAGAUGAUGGAAAUAUUGGGGAUAUCGAUGAUAAACCAGGGUUGAAUGUUAGAAUCUAAUAAAUCAAUGAAUAGGCAGCAAAAUUUGAUAUGCUUAGAAUUAAUCAAUUAACUAAUUCGCCUAUUAAAUCUCCAGUUAUGCAGGCGACCAAUAAGAUGAAAGAAGUAUAGAAUAAAGACUAGUAAAUGAUAAUGAGAACUCCAGUUAUUACAGGAAGAACUGUUGCAUGUGAAGAAUCUCCAAAUAUGAAUUAAUUUGUCUCUCCAAGUGUUUAAUUCAAAAAGCUACAAUAAAAUUAACAAUAAGCACCUACUGGAAAUGUUCUAUUGAAAUACACUCAAAAGCCCUAAUAAUAACAAUAAACUAAUACUGAGGAUGAAAAAAAGGAUUAAUCAAAUAUUGCUAAAUCAGUUAAGGCUGCAUUAAGUAAACAUGUAUGAAAAUAAGAAAUAAAUAAAAUAUAAGAUAUAUUAAAAUUUUA